GAAAACCAUAGUAUCCGUCACUAUUCAUAACUAAUCUGUGGAUUCUGUAAAGAAAACUGAAAAAUAUCGAUUUUUGUCAAAAUGAAAUAGGUACUAAAUUGGAUUUUUGUAAUACUUUAUACUUGUUUAAAACGAGACCUACGAACGAGAAACGUAACCGUACGAGAACUUAACUGAAAGGCAGUUAUUACAUGGCUUUAUCUAAUUCUUGUAAAAGUGAAACAGUAUGUAGGUGUGAAAAUUGUGAAUAAAUUAGAAAUGGUAUUUUUCAACCUCUGGUCUGUGCUACAGUGGUAUUUGAGGCCUUUUAUAAAAUGGUUUUUACGUAAAACUACCAAUUUAUGUGAACUCCAAAGAAUAUGUUAUGGUGACAGGGAAGGAGCUCAGAGGACCUGUAAUAUCGAAAAAUCUCUGAUGCUAUCACGGACACGAGAUGUGAUGGAGGUUGUAUCAUACUUAGACGCAGCGGUCAAAGAAGCAAAGUUCUAUCCCGAUUAUUUUUCAGAGAUACUUGACCCUUCUAUAAGUAUUAUACUACGAGCUAAGAAGAUCAAUACAAAACUGCAUGAAGCUUUUACUCCACUGUUUCGUAGAUGCCUCAAACAAAUCUGGAGUUACAGGCAGUUAAUGAAUGAUGUAGAAUCCCUCCGACGUACUCAAUACGAUAGCAAUAAUCCAGAACAUGAGGAAAAGCUGUCAAAGUUAUGGGAUUUGUUGCUACCUGGCAGGCCUUUGGAAGCAAGGAUUUCUAAAGAAUGGCAGGACAUAGGUUUUCAGGGUGACGAUCCAAAAACAGACUUCCGUGGAAUGGGAAUCCUGGGAUUAGAUAACUUACUGUACUUCUCCACAAAGUAUACUCUAGCAUCACAUCAAGUUUUAAGCCAUUCUCUACACCCUAAAUAUGGUUAUACUUAUGCUAUUGUGGGUAUAAACUUGACAUCCAUGGCUUAUUAUUUACUAAAAGAUGGCUCUGCCAAAACAUACAUGUUUAAUUUAAAAUAUGUACCCAGUGUUAUAUUUUUUCAUGAGUUUUAUUGCUAUCUUUUUUAUGAAUUUGACAAAAUGUGGAUAAGGUCAAAACCAGAGAAUAUGAUGGAGUUUUCUAUAAUAUUUAAAAAGUUUGAGAAUGCUAUUCGUUCUGAACUAGCUGAUCCAGCAUCAGUGUUUAGAAUAAACAUUGAAAUUGCCACUGUAUAAUAAUUAUUAUGUAAUAUAGUUGAAUUCACCACCUUAUUUAUAGCACAAACCAGAAGUGUUGUCACUCAAUUAAUAUUGGUCACUAUUGAUAGUUUGGCAAGACAAGACCACAAGCUUAUGACUACCUGUGUAAUAUGUU